AUGGAAGCACCGCCGCCGCGCCGCCGCGACUCGCCGCCGGCGAUCCCGGACGAGCUCAUCGAAGAGAUCCUCCUCCGCCUCCCGCCCGACGAACCCGCUUGCCUCCUCCGCGCCUCCGUCGUCUGCAAGGACUGGGCCGGCAUCGUCUGCCGCCCCGGAUUCCGGCGCCGCCUCCACGAGCUCCACCGGGCACCCCCCGUGCUCGGCGUCCUCCACAACUGGGAAUUCGAUCCCAUCCACCGAUUCAUCUCCACCACCGCAUCGUCCUUCUCCCUCGCCGCCCCGGACUGCCUCGACUGGCGGGCCCUCGACUGCCGCCACGGACGCGCCCUCUUCUUCCCCCAGGAAUUUGGUGGUCUGGAACUACUCUUGUGGGAGCCAAUCACGGGUGCUGAGCAGCGCAUACCGCUUCCUGCCGAGUUCCUGAGCGACUGCCCGACCGCAGCCGUGUUCUGCGCGGCGGACGGGUGUGACCACCGCGACUGCCUCGGGGGUCCUUUCCGUGUGGUCUUCCUCUUCGCCGUCGUGUUAGACGAGGAGACGCACGUCACGUCGGCGUGCAUUUACUCGUCGGAGACUGGUGCUUGGGGCGAGCUGACCUCGAUUCACUGCAACAUCGAGUUCUCCAUGGAAUUCACAGGAAGCUAUAGCGUGCUCGUUGACAGAUCUGUGCUCUACUUCAUGUCCGACGGCAACGCGGAUAGUGCGUCGGUCGUCGAGUAUGAAUUGGCAAGCCGCGAGCUGACUGUUUUCGGCCUACCAGACAAGUACUACGGCCAUGCAUAUAGCCUCGUGCUGUUGGAGGACGGUGGAAUCGGAUUAAUCCAAUACUUGGAUACGCGUCUCAAAUUGUGGAGAAGAGAGGCGAGUGCUGAAGCAGGGUGGGUGCUGAACCGGGUCAUGUGCUUGAAAAGUUUCAUCCCAAUGCAUGCUCUCUUGCAUUCAGAAUAUAGACUGCAAGUGAUGGGCUUUGCUGAGGAAGCAAAUAUCAUUUUUGUUGACACAGUUAUUGGCCUCUUCACAAUAGAGCUACAAUCGGGGCAUGUGAGGAAGGUGUGCCGUGAUACUGAUCGAGGCUUCCGUAGUUUGAUCCCAGUUGUCAGCUUCUACACUCCUGUACCCCAAGGCAAGCACCAGAAUCUGCCGGCGUCGAUGCCUAGUGAGGAGGCAGGUGGUGAGGAUGGGGGAGAGGAAGAAAAAACAGUGGAUCAGGCACAUCAAUUGUUGAACAAGGGGUCCAGUGCUACCAAGGAAGUUGACUUUAUCAACACCUUCGAAUACAUCAUCCAUGACCUCGAGAUCAGGGUUCCGUGUUGUGGAGAAGGUGUUCUGGAGGGUGAUGGCACACUCAACAAACAUGGAUGUGCCUUGCUACCCCAUGAUUCUUCAGAUUGCCGGCUGCAAGUUAACAUGGCCUCCUUCGCUUGUUCUUCAGAACAACAGCAGGAGGAAGAGGAGAGGAAACGUUAA